AUGAAACUAUUUGCCUGUUGGUUCGUCCUGGCUACUCUCGGUGUCCGGGAUGUCUUCGGCGUGCCAAGGCCAGACUUUGGCAUCGAUGGGACGAUCGCUGGCAGUGCACAAGCGAAAACGGUAGCGACCGAAGCGGGCGUAUCCUUUGAUCAGAUCGAUUUUAAGACAAUUACGCUGAAAUCACAGUACGUUGUGCUGAAAAACCUAAAGCAAGCCGUGAUGGGUAUCGGUACCGUCAUUGCCACCACGGGCCAACGGUUGACCGGUAAGCUGGAAACGCUCGCCCCUAGCAUCCGCAGUCUGCCGCAAGUGUACGACGAUGUCAACAAUGCGAUUGGAUCGCUGAGUGUGCUGCUCAAAACGGGCCUGGCCCCACAAACGACAGCGAUACAGCAGAUGGUUGGCACGUACAUUACCGACAUGCUGACCGAUGCAUCCCGCCAGUUGCUGGCAACCCUCGAUAGCUUGUCCGCCCAGAUCGCACUGGUACAGAAAGGCGUGAGCGAUGCGGUAACUGCAUACGGAUCGACCACAAUACCGGAUCCGUACCUGCGCCGGUACGUGUCCCCAAAGAUGGUCUACGAACUGUUGCGCAUUCUCCAAGAUCUGAAAACCGACCUACCGCUCGUGACGUUCAUCAUAGAGCUGACGCUUGGGCAUCUCAGUACGGCCGACGCCUUUCUGCUCGAUUUUAUGGAAAAUGUUGACGUGAAGGUGUUUGAUAUGCUCAUGUAUUACGACACCCUGAAGCAGGAGGUGAUAGACAGUACGUAUCUGAUAUCGGAUGCGAUUGUAUCACCGUUGGAACUUAGCUACGAAAAGCAGCUGAGAAACUUUGCCUACAUUAAGGACGAUCUCGUCAAGAUGGAUACGUACACUGAUUUCCUCAAACCCGUCCUGGAUGCGUACGAAGCAUUGCUGGGUGCGACAAACCGUCAGACGAUACCGGCCAAGGUGGAACUGAUCUACAAUGUGUACCUCAAGAGUGUGGUAUCACUGGACGAUCAUCUAGAUCAAUUCUACAACGAGAAGCUUUGCACCCCGACUAAAGCUAUACUGCAGGUUUUGAUCGCGUCGGGACCGUGGGCGGACUAUUGUUUUAGCAAGUAUUCGCCACGCCUGCUAGGUUUGGUGACGAUGAAUACCGACCGUUUCCUGAUGUGCUACCAGAUCGAGGCGGAUCGAUUGUCUGGACUCGCUGAUCUCGUCGAUCGGUUUAUCGUGCAGAUAGUGUACGACAUCGAAGAUUUGGCCACGCAUCUGGUGGAUUGCUUUAACCGCUUUGAAGAUGGAGCGAACUGUAUCGCCACGAUUGGACCUUACUAUUCCGAACUGGUGGCUAAUCUGAAACUGAAGGUAGAUGAUGUGCUGCAGCUGCUGACCGUGCAGACGAAAGCCAGCGCCAACCGUGCAGCGGCCUGUAUUGCCGCUGGAAAGUGUGGCUUCAUUGCGUCCACCGAGAGCUACGCGAAGGACAUCAAGCUGUGUGAGGAUAAGGGACCGAAGGCUUGA